AUGGUGCUGAAAGACCACUACUACCGCUUGAGCAGCGACUUGCCGGAGGAACGGAUCCAGGCGGCAACUGCCCUUUUGGGUGAGCUCCAGGCGGCCAAUGCAACCGCAGAAUGGGAUUACGCUUUGAACAGACUCGUCAAGGGCCUCACCACGCUGAGACAGACGGCCCGUUUUGGCUUCUCCAUGGCCUUGACGGAGUUGGUAAGGGAGCUCAUUUUGAAAGAGGACUAUGAGCUUUCCAUUGUGGGCUUUGUGGAGAAGCUCGUGUCGGUUUCCCAGAUUCUGGGUGGCAUGAAGGGUGCUGAACUCAGGUCUGUCUUGUUUGGACGCCUUUUCGGUUUCCAGGCUUUGCUCAACUCCAGGGUGCUUUUCGACACCAAGGUAAGCAGCCAGGAAGUUUUGGAUAAGUACGUCAAGAGCUUGGUCGAGUUGGCCGGCACGAAGCCCUGGUUGAGGGAAACUGUCAUGUUCACCUUGUGCCAGUUCGUGGCUGCAUACUUGCUGUCUGACCUUUUCGACAAAAACGGCCUUGUCCACAUUUUGCAGUGUGUCGAGGACCACCACCUCACGCUUACCGUGGAGGGUCUUGCCGUGUACAUGACGAUUCCUCAGCCUUUGCGUUCUCAGACCGCAGCCAAGGUGGGUUCUGGAUGGAAAAACGGCGAUCCUCUCAGCAAGGGCAACUUGCCCAAUUUGGCUGUUGUGCUCAAGGACGCUGAGCCUGUGGAUGCUGAGGAGAAGGGCAAAAACGGACAGAAACAGAAGGGCUCGUGGAACCCUCAGAUUCCUUUUGUAUGGGACCUUUUGGUGAAGCACUUUGCUCAAGCCGACGAUGAAGAGGAGGAAGACGAGGCCUCCAACGGCAAAAAGAGAAAGAAGCACGCCUCGCCGAAACAGAAAAAGAAGGCAAAGACCGAGGACGAGUCCAUCCAUCUCAAAGAGUUCUGGAGAGUCGCUAUUGACGAGACGCUAUUUGCCGAAAAGGCUUCCACGGAAAGAAAGUACUGGGGCCUUGAGAUAUUUAUUCUAUUCUUCAAGCAGGUGCCUGCUUCCCUGGUUGAGGCGCUUUUCACUCCCAACCUCAUGCGCUGCCUCAUGAACCAUUCUUCCCAGAAUAACAGAGUUCUCAACAAGCUCGCCACAAAGGUACUCAACACCAUCAUAGAGGUCACCAAGAGCGACGUGGCCAAGGUUGUGCCUACUCUCAAGUGCAUCAUCAGCGAGGAGUAUGGCGGAAACUGGGCUUUUGACAAUGUCACCAAGUCCAAGGUCACCGACUCGCUUGUGGGUGUUUUGAGCUACAUCGAAAACAUCGACAGCAUACCGUCCAGCCGAGCCGAGUCCCUUGCUGUUGACAUCAAGAACGUUCUCAUAGACUUGUUCAACAAGACGCUAGACAAGCAGGUUGAACCCAAGGACGAGGAAAGCAAAAAGAAGUCUCACGAUAAUGUGCUCAAAUGGGUGCUUGAUAAGCUCCUUUUGUUGCAGCGCAGCACAAAGAGAUUCCAGUUUACCGACAACAGAUUUAUCGAGAGAAACUUUGAGUUCCUCAUUCAGCAUGCUUUCUUCCAAGGCAAGGACAAGACCAAGAGCGUCUCUGAUAACGUGAGCCACCUUGCACAGGACAGACUUAAUUCGUUCCUUUCUGGAGUAAUCAGCCAAAAGAGAAAGGGCCACUCGUGGUCAUUAUACUGUGUCAAGUACAUUGGCAAGCUUGAAAAAAGUAGCAACUUGGAGCCUCGUCUUGAGCUCACCGAGGAGUUAUCGUUGGUUCGGAGCCAGGCUUUGGACCUUUUAGACACCAUCAAAAGCCAUGUCAAGGAUGACUCUGCCAGCGACGCCAACUACUGUUUUGAGCUUCUUUUCUCGAUGGUGAUUCUACAGUUGCUUUCUGGAGAAGCGGAGGCUGUCAAUGUCUUGCAAGAAUUGCAGAUGUGUUACGAAGAUUUCCUCACGAAGCAGGAGGAAGGUUUGAAGAUUCAGGUUGUGUUGACCGAGAUCAUUUUAUCUUUCCUUCUGAAGAACUCGCUGUUGAUGAAGAAGCUCUCACAGUUUGUGUGGGAGUCGCUUUUGUGUGCUAAGAACCACGAGGGUAAGAUCUUGGCCGACGAGGAGUGUCUUGAGCUUCUCUUUGACGUCCUCAAGACCAAGGAAAACGAGGAAGGUCUGCGUGAUCUUUUCGAGGGAGAAGACGAAUUUGAAGAGGAGGACGGAGAAGAGAGCGAGGAGGAGAGUGAAGAGGAAGAGGAAAGCGACAGCGAGAGCGAUGUGCUUGAUCUGACGGCCAAGGUCGAGAAGGAAACCACCAUCAAGCUCGCCAAGGCCCUUGGUGUUCCUACGGCCGAAUCGGGAGAAGUCAAAUUCGACGAGAUUGAUUCCUUUGAGGCUGACUCGGACGUUGCCUCCGAUCUGAUGGACGACGAGGAGAUGAUGGCCAUGGACGACCAGCUUGCGAGAAUCUUCAAGGAGAGAAGAGACCUUCUUUCGGCAAACACCACCAACAACAAGAAGGCCCAGGCUGCACAGGCCAAGCAGCUGAUCAUGCUCUUCAAAAGCCGAGUUCUCGACCUCAUCGAGGCCUUCUCCAAAGUCCAGCCACACUCCCCCUACAACCUCUACUUACUCCGUCCGUUGGUGCUUCUUAUCAACACCACCAAGGACAAGGAGCUUGGAGUCAAGGCGCACAAGAUCUUGAAGACGAGAGUGACAAAAGCCAAGGUUGGCAAAGAAGACCUAGAAGCGCAUUUCGACGACGUUGAAGCCUACAAAAAACGGUUCCUUAAGGAAAUCGGCUGGCUUCAGCAGCAGGCUGGUAAGUAUUCCUCCAACCAGGCCCAUGGCCAGUCCUGCGGACAGUGCAGCAUCACUAUAGCCAAGAGCUUGGUGGGACUCGACGAGUCGUACUUGAAAAAAAUCGUGGAAGUUUACUCGCAAACGUUACUCGAAUGGUCGACGGAUCCGAAAAACCGAAUUCAGCCAGCUUUGUUCACCUUUUUCCUCAACUGGGUGAGCACCGUUAGAGAACCCGGUAUUUCCUUGAACAGAGCCAUGGCCAUUGCUGCCAAGACUGUUAGAAACUCGUUGAAGAGCGACUUGCGUGUUGCCGCUGAGAGAAGAGGCAACUCCGAUGUCAAGGUCUCCAAGUUCGAGAACGGCGUGGCCUCUGAGCCAAAGGCCUUGCACGAGAACAAGUAA